AUUACUUAAAAUCUUAUUCACAAUAACUAUGAAAUCUUGCCCAUUACAUCUACUUCCUCUUUUGGUUCUAUUCACGCCUGGGAAGUGGCUGGGGGAGGAAGUGUGAGAGUGACUGUGAGUGAAAGCAGAAGGGCUGGAGGAUGAAGGAGUCGAACUUCUAGUUCAGUCUUGCUGAGGGGCUCGACCCAGGGGGACCCGUGGGAGGCUGAAAAUGUACCUGCUGCUGCUCUUUCCCCUCCUCUUCUGGGUUCCAGGCUCAUCAGUUGACAUCACGGGUCCAGAAGCAGUGAGAGGUCUGGAGCGGGGAGUCUUGACCGUGCAGUGUCGCUAUGACCCAUAUUGGGAGACCUACAGGAAGUGGUGGUGUCGAGGGGCUGAAUAUGAAAGCUGCAAGAUCCUUGUUAAAACCAAUGGAUCAGCGUUUGGGGUGAAGGAGCGUGUGUCCAUCAGGGACUAUCGGACAAACCGCACAUUGACUGUGACCAUGAAGGAGCUCAGGAGAGAAGAUACAGACACUUACUGGUGUGGGAUUAAGAGAGCUGGAACUGACCCUGGGUUCCGUGUUAAAGUGACCAUUGACCCAGCACCAACUACAGUGUUGACCCCUACCUCCGCCAUCACCUCCACUGCCAACGCGUUCACAGACACCCCAGGAGAAACCACCGGCUCCCCGACUGUGACCAGCCAGCACUCGGAUGGCAGUGGCGUCUCCCCGAAUCUCUUCAUCCUCCUGCCCCUCCUCUUUACUCUGUUGCUGCUUCUCUUGGUGGCAGCCUCACUGUUGGUGUGGAGAAUGGUGAGGCGACAGAGGAAAGCUGCUGGGAUAUCCCCAGAGCAGGUAAGAGAGUCCCUGAGGUCAAACCAGCAUUUUCCCUCAUUUUCUGUCUCCCAGGGUCCCUGAGGUCCAAAGGUAUCAGGCAGACCAUGUGCCCAAGUGCC